AUGUGGCUGACAGAUGGACAAAAAAUUGGUGUCGCCCUCACGACAUUUGGAGCUCUUUUCAUGCUUCUCGGUGUUAUGCUCUUUUUCGACGGUGCUCUUCUGGCUCUCGGUAAUAUCUUAUUCGUUUCCGGCCUUACCCUCAUUAUUGGUCCACGCAAGACAUUCUACUUUUUUGCGCGCAGAGAGAAACUCCGUGGGACAAUAUGCUUUAUUGGAGGAAUACUCAUGGUAUUCUUCAAGUGGCCUUUCUUUGGGAUGAUCAUAGAAACUUUUGGAUUUUUAAAUCUUUUCGGGGACUUUUUCCCGGUGGUGAUAACCUUUAUGAGACAGUUACCGUUUAUUGGGACUGUACUGUCACUACCCGGUAUUCGCACAGUCGUAGACAAAAUUUCAGGGUCGCGGACGUCCGCUGUAUAA